CGCGUGGCAGCGGCGGCCGGGCACCGGCUGUUACGAGCGGAUGCGCAAGGGGGCGGGGGCGGCCCCAGCCGGCGGACGAAGAGCGAACUCGCGGCGGAGGUGAGGAAGGUGCGGCGCUUCCAAGUCCCUCCCCUUCCCGCGGCGGGUUCUGGGCGCACGGAGCAGUGCGGGGCGACGCCGCGGCGCCGCUCAGGCUCGUGGUAGAGGCGCUCGCACCAUGGCCGACGCUCCCGCUCCCGUCCGGAUCCCGGCGCGCCGGCAGUACCGCGUGCAACUGCGCUUCGUCACCGAGGAGCAGCUCUUCGCUGCGGGGCCGCUCUCGCUUCCCAACCCGAAGUCUCUGCGGCUGGAGGUGCACCCGGCAGGGGAGGAGGCGGAUGCGACGGUGACUGACGCUGAUGGUGUCUGUGUCUUCAGAUGCUCACUCAACAGAGACACUGAAUGUUGCUGUGUGGGGAAGGAGUCCAUCUUGAUUUUCCUGGGCUACCACAGUGCUUUGCUGAAGUUUGAGUCUCAUGCUGAAUUCAGCGCAUUUUCAAAUACCUUGAAAAGAUGCCGGCGUGAGGAAAAGGAAUACUCAGUGUUCAGCCAGCGGACAGAAGAGGCGUCUGCCGUACAGUACUUCCAGUUUUAUGGCUGCCUUUCCCAGCAGCAGAACAUGAUGCAAGAUUUUGUGAGGACAGCCACUUACCACAGAGCCAUCCUCCAGAACCACACUGACUUUAGAGAUAAGGUUGUUCUGGAUGUUGGCUGUGGAUCAGGAAUACUGUCAUUUUUUGCUGUACAGGCCGGAGCUCGGAGAGUCUAUGCAGUUGAGGCCAGUUCAGUAGCACAGUAUGCUGAGAUGCUAGUGAAAAGUAACCACCUUUCAGACAAGAUCAUUGUUUUGCCAGGGAAAAUUGAAGAAAUCUCACUUCCUGAGGCUGUAGAUGUGAUCAUUUCAGAACCCAUGGGAUACAUGCUGUUCAAUGAAAGGAUGUUGGAAAGUUACCUUCAUUCCAAAAAAUGGCUGAAAGCAAAUGGAAUGAUGUUCCCGACGUUCGGCGACAUCCACCUGGCCCCCUUUUCUGAUGAACAACUGUACUUGGAACACCACUCCAGAGCCAACUUUUGGUACCAGCAGUGUUUCUAUGGGGUUAACCUGUCCAGUCUCCAGGGUGCUGCGGUGGACGAAUACUUCAGACAGCCAAUAGUAGACACAUUUGACAUUAGGAUUUUGAUGGCUCGGACAGUCAAGUACACAGUAAACUUUAUGGAUGCAGAAGAGGCAGAUCUCCACAGAGUAGAAAUUCCGUUUGUGUUUCAGAUUGCGCAGUCUGGCCUCAUCCACGGCCUGGCAUUCUGGUUCGACGUGGCCUUUGUUGGCUCUCUGGUCACAGUUUGGCUGUCAACAGCGCCCACUGAGCCUCUGACUCACUGGUAUCAGGUGCGGUGCCUUCUUCAGACUCCUCUCUUUGCCAAGGAAGGAGAGACCCUCUCAGGGAGAGUGCUGUUUGUGGCCAAUAAACGACAGAGCUAUGACAUUCAGAUCGUGGCGCUGGUAAACCAGACAGGCUUGAGGUCUGGGAACACCCUCGAUUUAAAGAAUCCUUUCUUUAGGUAUGUAUUAUUAUUAACCCCAUUGAACAGAUGAGGAAAUGGAAACAGAAAGGUUAAGUAAUUUUCCUGAUGACACACAGCUGGUAAGUGGUGGUGCCAGGAUUGUAAACCAGGCAGCCCACUCCAGAGUCUGUGCUCUUAACCACAAAGCUCUCCGUACCGCAAAAGAGCUUUUCAGAAGCAACCCACAGACUUGCCUUCAUGCUUCCGUGGCCAGACGUGAGUCACAUGCCCACCUCUAAACCAGUCAGUGACAAGAGACAUGGGAUUACUACAGAGGGGCUAAACUGAACAAGAUUUAUCUCUGAGCUGGAGAUGGACUCAGCCUGAAAAAAAGUAGGGUUCCAUUCCCCAAGAAGGGGAAUGGACAUAAGGCAAGGAACCACUGUCACCUGCUUAUGAGGGGCUGCCUACAAACAGUCCAGCCGCACUACUGAUUCCAUUUCCUCUGCACUUAUAAGGUAAGACGGGGUAUUAUACCGUAGUCAUCCACACACGUACGUCUCCCUCUUCCCACUUGCUUGCAAGCACUCCGAAGAUAGGAACAAAUCUUACAAAUCUGCAUAUUCCCCACAGGGCCUGGCAUAGGGCCUGGCUCAUAGAAAGUGUUCAAGAAACGUUUGUUCAUUAUAAUUGAAUUUUCAUUCUCAAGUCUACUUAAUUGGAGAGGUCAACAGUUGGCCAUGCUCAAGGCAGGCCGGUAAUGCAUUUUCACAUUGAUCUAGCAAUCAAAUAAAUUCUGAGAAACUUCCCUUGCCAUGCAAAAUAGCAUGAAAUCACACAUUAACAUAGGUCAAUACAAAAGCCUAAACUUAUUAAAUUGUUAGUGUCUUGCACUCAGCACCCUUGGAAGUAACAUUAAUGUCACAUUUUAUUGUGACUUGACAGUUCUACUAUAUUUAACGAAACACAUCAGAGCGCCAUAGACAGAGCAGGCUUCAUAAUUUGUACCACUCAGUGCAAAAUAAAAGAUGCAGAGACCCAGCCUGGGUAGAUGAGUCCGUCUCCCCUUUCAUGAGCUUAUUGUUCCAAACCACGGUGGACACGUGACCCCGCAAGAGACUGUGACUUCCCAGUACUGAGAUUGAGAGUGGGUGCGAGGGCCCCGCGGAUUUGCAGACUGAGCUCAGUCCCUGAACAGGAACUAGCAUUGCUCUUGCCCACCUCUGGAAACAGCUGGACAUAUGCCUGAUUCCAGCUCUACCCUCCUGGGGGCAGAGUGUAAGAGUAGAACUCAGGCCACCCUGCCUGGUUGCUACUGUAGUCAAAGGGGCAGGGGCAGGGAGGGAGAAGCCCGCCAGAGCCUGGGGCUUAGUGGAUGGAUCCCAAAGAGACAGUGGGAAGGCGGGACCCCCUGUGAGCCGAAGCUACCAGCCCCGGGCGUGUGCUCUGUAGUCCCAGCAGACACCACUGACAAAACACAAAUUCAAAGAUAAAAGUAUUAAGGAUCUCAGGACAGCAACUACAGAGCGUUAAACCACAGGACCCUGUGCAACUGCACUUAUCACACGCCCUGGCCACAGAGGUGAGCUGUAGUGCCUUGCUUAAAUGUGAAUAUCCAUCUAUGGAGAAGAGAGACGCCCUUUUAAGUCGUGCUGUUAUACAAAAGCUGGUUGAAUGCAUGAGCUUAUCUCAGGGGAUGGGGAAGAAAUUAGACAAUGAAGAGAGUAACUGCUCUCUGUACAAGUGUUCAUCCCGGGUUCCGUUCAGUGGCUCCUCUCCUGAGGUAUGCCAUGGUGACUUUGGACUUUACCCUGUAGACAGGGAACCAGGAACCAUUCCACGUUUUUUAAGUGGAGGAGUGACAUAAUCAGAUUUGUCUCAAACAUGCGUUUCUUUGGGGGCAGUGUGGAGGAGGAAUUCAGCUGACCCUAGGCAGCCAGAUCGACCACGUUCUACAUCAGUUAGUACUGAAAGUAAUAUAACAGCACCAUGGUUACAGGUGAGGGCUCUUUAGUUAGAGUAUAGCAGGAUUCAAAUCCUGGUUCUGUCACUUACUAGAUAUAUAAACUUGAGCCAGUCACCUGCCUUCUCUGAGAUGCAAUUUCCUUAUCUGCUAAAACGAAGUAAUAGCAAUAGGGUUCUUGGGAGGGUUGAUGCAGUGAUAUACAUAAAGCAUUUAACACAGUGCCUGCAUCAUUAAAUAUAGCUGUUAUCCUAUUUUAUUGCCGUAGGAAAUAGAUUCUUAUUGGCUUCUCUUCCCAGCUCCAUGUUGAUACCCUUUCUAAAACUUCUGUGCUUCCAUUUAUAAGAGGAAAAGGGGCACAUGCCUGACCACCCCCAUCUGCCACUCUCUCUCCCCUCUGGAACCUAUAAUUCCUUGGGGCAGAAGGAGUGACUAUUACUUCCCCUGCUUUAUAACCGUAUUCCUCUACCUUAGGAUAGCAGUCUCAAGAUCUAGCUGUCCAAUGUGGAGUAGCAUCUUAUCUACUUACAGAAGGAACUCUUGUCUGGGUCACUUUCGUAUGAAAGGAAUUUAGAAAAUUCCACUUUCUGUUCAUAACCUAAUUUUAAACAUAUUGUGGCUAAAGACGUCACCUCAUUCAUUUACUCGUGCCUUCAUUCAUUCACCCUCUUGCCCUGGAUCAAAAAGUCUAUGUAAAAGAUGAACUAAAGGGUGAUGACUUAAGGAAGAAAUAAAAAUAGAUUAGUUUAAUAUUUGCAGUAUAUUGUUUCCAUUAAAAACAAAAUCCAUCAGUGUUAUAUUAAUAUAAGUGAAGUCAUAUGGAAAUCCCAUUUAUCUGUAACUCACUAGAAGAGAGAUCAUUUGGGGGACACAACAAAAGCAGUUCUACCUCAGGAGCACCAGAGGCGACUGGCACUGUUUCCCAGGUAUUAGGAAAUACCUAGAAAUUAGAAUGAAAGAAUGUGUUUAUCAAAACAAAAACUCCAGGGCCAUGUUCUUUCAAAAAUGGAGACGUUAAACACCACGAGCUUUAGCAUCGGACACACUAGGUUUGCAUGUGCGUGGAGACUGGCAAUUUUAGGUUUUGCAAUUUGGCAAAACCUGUGGGCAGUUGGAAUUGCC